UGACAAAAUGGAACCCACCAGCAGUGUGAGGAGACCUGAAAGUGGCACAUGGCAGAGUGUGGCGAUGGAGACAGCAGCAAUGGGAGGCCGUACAGGGACCCAUGACACACUCUGGACCUGGCAGCAGCAUGAGGAGUCGGUACGGGGGCCCAUGGCAGAUUACGGGCCUGGCAGCAGCAUGAGGAGGCGGUACAGGGGACCAGCACCCUAUCACAAAAUGGAACCCACCAACAGUGUAAGGAGACCUGAAAGUGGCACAUGGCGCAGGGUGGCGGUGGAGGCAGCAGUAUUCGGAAGCCAUACACAGGCCUAGGUUAAAAAGCGGAAGCCGUCAGCAGUGUGA